GAACUCUUCUCAUAUUAAGAUCACCGGGAUCUUCUGCGGUUUGUGGCCAUGGAGACAAAGGCUUGUCGCCACUUCUUAGAAGGGCGCUGCCGACAUGGAGAUGAUUGCCGCUACUCCCACGCUGAAAAGCCGCCGCCCGCGCCGCCCGCGCCGCCCGCGCCGACUGCGCCCGCCUUCCCCAAGCCCGACUGGGGUGAUCCGGAAUCAGCCGCCGCCGCCUUCGCACUGCAGGAGAUGAACGACAGCAAGAAGAGGAUAGAAAAGGACGAGUGGAAUGAUUAUUGGGCCUUGGGAGACAACUUUCUGCUUUCACCAGAUGGCAAUUUUGUUGUUACCUGGGGACAUGUUGAAGAAGGCCGCUUGUCCGACUCGCCUGUCCACAAAAUCAUCCAGGCCCGCUUUGUGCACCAGCUGGCACCUCCCGUCGUGAAGAUCAUCAAGAGCCUCCACUUCAUUCAGUCCAGUACCGACAGCUGCAGUUCAGCCAGCCUCGACAGAUGCAGUUCACUCUCCUCGAAAUCGCCGCGCCCUUCUCCGGUCGUGUCCUCUCGUUUUCUACGACACGGGUCGCGCUUCACCACAGUCUGGGCUCAGGCGACACCCGCUGCCGUGACAAGGGCCACCGCGGAGCUUCGGAGAUCCGCUGGGAUCCCGCGCAGCCAGCCACGCUCCGCUGGACUGAUUCCUCCUACCAGACCUGGGAAGAUGAAAAGCACCAGAUUCAACGCCGCCAAGUCUCCACCGACUGUGCACUGGAUUUCGUGGUUGGGACGCAUCAUUCAUUAAUCAAUCCAGAUCCUGAAAAUCUCGAUCCCUAUGCGAACCUAUUGAAAGAUUCUUAAACAUCAAAGAAGAA